GGCGGCAUGGAGCCCAGUGCUGGUCGGUUGCCCCUGCAGGUGCUGGGGGAGAACGAGGCGCUGCAGCAGUUCUUCAGUGAUCAGGAUGUGAGUGGUGUGUUGGACAGCUCUGUGGCUGUGGACACCAGCAUCCUGGAGCAGUACCUCGGAAACGACUUGGAUCCCAGCAACUUCAUGCUCCCUGAGUCUCCUCCUGACUCCAGCUCCGAGGCCUGUUCACCUGCUCAGAUGCCAGACUUCCAUCCCGAGGCGCCCCAUUGGUCGAACCAGCACUCGACCCAGCAGGUGUUUCAUCCCAGCAGCCAAUCCGCUGCGUCUUCGUCCUGCUGCUUUAAGGACCGUGGCCCCGCCCCCGGGCAUCAUGACCUGCUGACCUACAAUCAGCUUCACAGUUUCGGCCUCACUAACACUUACAUCAGGUCUGGGCCUCCGCCCGUCCCCCCCGCCCCCCCUGCUCACCUGCACCAGCUCAGCCACCACUCACCUGAACACAUACGCUACCUGAGUCCAGAGAGCUGCCCACAGGUGUACACCCCCCCCACACCUCCUUCUCCCUCCCUCCCGUCCUCCCACUGCUAUGCUGCACCUCACACCGGCCCGGGUGGGGUCCCACAUCCAACCACACCUGCUUCCACCUGUGGGUCAGGCUCCGCCCCCAAGCUGCACGCCCACUCCCCCGAGAGUAAAAAGAGGAGGAGAUCUGAGUGUGAGGAGACGUCGUCGGGAAUCGAACCUUCCAGCAGUGAUGCUGACGGCUCUUGUGGUGCCAGUGCAGGAAAUGGCACCGGUGGAUUUGGAUUUAAUCUGGGCCUCCUCACCUGGGAGCAGUACAGACCGGCACAGUGGAGCACCUUGUACAGCAGAGGCUACCAGACACUGUCUCCUCCCGCCUUCCACGUAGACGCAGAUAAAGGCUUCAACUACUCUGCAGCUGACGAGGCCUUCAUCUGCCAGAAGAAGAACCACUUCCAGGUCACGGUCCACAUCGGUGUGGCCGCGGAGCCACAGUACGUCAGAACCCCCAACGAGACCCGGGAGGUCGACCACUUCCUGAUACGACUGUUCGGAGUCAAGCUGGAAUCUCCGAGCCACCAGGUGACCAUCGAGCAGUCGCAGCCCGAUCGCAGCAAGAAGCCGUUCCACCCGGUCAGGGUGAAGCUUCCCGAUGGAGAGGUCACGAAGGUCACGCUGGGCCGGCUGCACUUCGCCGAGACGACGUCGAACAACAUGAGGAAGAAAGGGAAACCCAACCCGGACCAGAGGUUCUUCCAGAUGGUGGUCGGCCUGUUCGCCGCCGUGGGCGAUGACAGCUUCCUGCUGACGGCGCUGGUGUCCGAGAGGAUCAUCGUCAGGGCCUCGAACCCCGGGCAGUUCGAGAUGGACGGGGACGCCCUGUGGCAGCGCGGGGGGGCGGUGCAGGACGCCGUGGUCUGUCAGGGUCGAGUCGGCAUCAACACCGACUCCCCCGACGAGGCGCUGGUGGUCUGUGGGAACGCGAAGGUGAUGGGAACCAUCAUGCAGCCGUCGGACUCACGCGUCAAACUCAACAUCCAGGAGGUGGACUCGGAGCAGCAGCUGAAGAGAAUCACUCAGAUGAGAAUCGUGGAGUUUGAUUAUAAACCAGAGUUUGCAUCGACGAUGGGGAUGGACCACACCCACCAGACCGGUAUAAUAGCUCAGGAGGUGAAGCAGCUGCUGCCGGCAGCAGUGAAGGAGGUCGGAGACGUCACCUGCACCGAUGGAGAGAUGAUUCACAACUUCCUGAUGGUGGACAAGGAGCAGAUCUUCAUGGAGAACGUCGGGGCGGUGCAGCAGCUCUCGAAACUCACCGACAACCUGGAGGUCCGGAUCAACGACCUGGAGGUCUGGAACCGGCGCCUGGCGAAGCUGAAGAGCCUGACGGGCAGCCUGCGCUCCACAGGGAAGCUCAGCAGCGUGUCGUCCACGUCGGGAGCCGACCCGUGUAAGAGCGUGAAGGUGGAGACGGAGCGCCGGGGUCAGAAGGUCGUCCGCUGCCUGCAGCACCGAGUGGUUCAGGCCAGCGUGGUCAGCCUCAUCGCCACCCUGGCCGUCUGCAUCAUCUCCUUCACGACUCUGUACGUGCUGAGUAUGAAGGAGAAGGACUUUGACGCGUUUCCUGGAAACAGUAGCGGCAGCCCGGCUCUGCAGACGACAGCCUGGAGCAGCACAGUCCCGCCCAGCGGCCCCCCCGGCCACUGGCCCCCAGACGUGGACUUCUGUGACCUGUUGUACUGCGAUGAGGUGUACUGCUGCCCCUCACCACCGGAGGGCAGCACUGAAUUCAACACCACUGAAUCAGGUGGAGCAGAAAAUACAGAUGUGACAAGAAAACGUUAUCAGGAGCUGGAAGGAGUCAGAGACUGGAGAAACACCACCAUCCACUCCUUCCUGAUCAAAGAGAACCAGCAGCUGAUCGACAGUAAAUACUGUUUCAGAGACGACUGUGGUCCAGGCAGAUUCAUCUACAGAGUUCCCAUCAGCCCCUUUGUCCCGGUCAACAUGAGAGUGACUCUGAUCAUGAAUUCCACAGAGCUGCUGGUGGUUUAUCUGUGCUCGUUUGAUGAGUCUGCCGCCUGUUCGGCUCUGCAGGAUAAGAACACGAUCACAGGAAGCAGAUACCCGUCCAACUCUCAGGGAGAACACGAGUGGCCUCUUCACGUGGCUCGACUCUACCACAGCUCGUAUCACUUCCGCUCCACCGUCGCUGGUCAAGCCGACUGCAGUACCGACCAUCACUUCGCGGGGGCGCUCUUCACUGACUACGUCUUCCACUUUUUCAGACACUGCACAACACACAUUGAAAGACAGAUUCCUCACAAUGUCACACUUUAAUAUAUUUAAUACAAGUACAUGAAAUAUUCUCACAAAGAUGAUUAUCAGAGAAAUUGUUUUUUAAAACAUGCAAAUGUUUUUUUGCUGAAAUAAUAAACUAUCACUGCAAAGUGUUUUUAGAUUUUACAAUAUUUCCUCUUAUGAUCUGUAAUUUACGUUAAUGUUCAGCAAGUCGAGAACACGAUGGAGAAUAAAGUGAUGAAAAGUUUAGGUCAAAGUUUCUGUAAUCAACAUCCAGACAUCAGUGAUAAAUCAAAGAUUUGUAUUCACCUUAAAGAAUAUUAAUUAAAUAAUUAGACAAAGUUUUGUGAAGCGUGUUUUUUAUUUAGUAAAAUGUUUGUGGAAUUUUUUUUGCAAAGUACUUUUGUUUGUCAUUCUUCUGGGAGAUUACAUGUACAAUAAAUAAUGUGAAUUGUGAGAUAAUCUCUGAAUUCAAA